CUUGCCGUGUAUCUUUCCGAUGACGGCGGCGCUCCGGUGACGCUGUAUGGUACGAGAGAAGCGGCGAAAUUUGCUGAGUCGUGGAUUCCUUUCUGCAGAAAGUAUGGGUUGAUUUGUAGGUCGCCGGAGGCUUACUUCUCCUCCUUCUCCGACGACGAGCGGCUUCUCCGGAGCGAUGAAUUCCGAUCAGAAGAGAGUCAACUCAAGGUGAAAUAUGAAGAGUUGAAGAAGAACAUCGAAAGAUUUGGAGAAGAAGAGAAAAACACUCGUAUUGUGCCAGACAGAUCUGCUUUGGUGGAGAUAAUUCUUGACGGUCGGAGAAAUGGAGAAAACGACCGGAUGCCUUUGCUCGUGUAUGUCUCUAGGGAGAGAAGGCCCUCAAUUCCUCACCAGUACAAAGCCGGCAACGUCAAUAGCCUUAUUCGAGUGUCUGCGAUGAUAAGCAAUAACCCGUUCUUAUUGGUGUUGGACUGCGACAUGGUGUGCAACGACCCAACAUCGGCCAAGCAAGCAAUGUGUUUCCAUUUAGAUCAAAAAAUGUCCUCUCUUGCUUUCGUUCAGUUUCCCCAGAUUUUCUAUAACGUUAGCAAGAAUGACAUCUACGAUGGCCAAGCUCGAUCAGCUUUCAAGACAAAAUGGCAGGGGAUGGAUGGGUUGAGAGGUCCAGUAAUGUCUGGAACUGGCUACUACUUGAAAAGAAAAGCUUUGUUUGAGAGUCUUAAUCAACCAGAUAGGUUUAAUGGCAAAAACAGCAGAGAAGUUUAUGGUACUUCCCACAAGUUUGUAGAAUCACUGAAGGACAAACAGAUCAUGGAAUAUCCUGUGGAGGAGAUGUUAAAAGAAGCUGAAAGUUUGGCCUCUUGUUUCUACGAGCAAAACACAGAAUGGGGAAAAGAGAUGGGAUACUCAUAUGCGUGUAUGCUGGAGAGCACAUUCACAGGGUAUAUAUUGCAGUGCAGGGGGUGGAGUUCUGUAUACUUGUAUCCAAACAGGCCAUGUUUUCUGGGGUGCGCCACCAUUGACAUGAAAGAUGCCAUGGUUCAACAGCUGAAAUGGUCUUCUGAAUUGUUCAGAACCGCUGGAUCAAAGCUCAGUCCUCUCACCUAUGGCGUCUCAAGAAUGUCCAUUCUUCACAGCAUGUGCUAUGCCUAUUUCGCAUUGACUCCAUUGUUGUCCAUUGCUGUUGUUCUCUAUGGCCUCGUUCCGCAAUGGGGUUUGUUGACGGGCAUUCCCUUCUUUCCCAAGGUCUCGGACGGGUGGUUCGCUGUGUUCGCCAUUGUGUACGUCUCUUCCCUCUUCCAUCACUUGCUUGAUGUGCUCUCUAGCAAUGGCACCUUGAGGACAUGGUGGAAUGAACAGCGGAUCUACAUUAUCCGAACGGUUUCGCCGUGCUUGUUCGGACUGGUGGACGCGGUGCUAAAGAUGUUGAAGAUGAAGAAGAUGAACCUGAGCUUGACCAACAAAGCUGUGGAUAAAGAGAAACUUGAAAAGUAUGAGAAGGGGAAGUUUGAUUUGGAAGGAGCUGCAGUGUUGAUGGUUCCAUUUUUUGUGCUGGCUAUUUGGAAUACGAUUUGCCUUGUGGGUGGCACAUGGAGGCUGGCUGUGGGGAAGAGUAAUUUUGAGGAGAUGUUUGGACAGAUAGUUUUGAUAUCCCUUGCUCUGAUUAUGUGUUAUCCUAUCCUCGAAGGAAUUUUCGCCCGAAGAAAAUGAGAGUUAGACUCGUGACUUUUAAAGAGAGAAAAUAAUGUAAUGUCUUAAUCAGGUGAGCAAUACUCUCGUCGUCAGACUCUUCUUCAGAAGAGUUUUUAUUUGUUAGGAUUUUUCAUUAAAUAAUAAAGACGAGUAUCUAUUUUCUUCGAUAA